AUGGACGUCCUCUCAGACCGUCUGACUGAUCAGGUGAUCUGGAGUCAGGUACAUACCUGCUCCAGCAGGAUGAGCCACCUGACAGAGGCGGAGCCUGGUCGGGAGAUGGAAGGAAAGGUGCAGACCUGGGCCCAGUCUCUGGUUUACACUCUGGAGGAACUCGAGUGUAAAAUCUGCUACAACCGUUAUGAUACUCGCAGCAGGAAACCCAAACUGCUGGGCUGUCUGCACCGAGUCUGUGCUAAGUGUCUGAAGAAGAUGGUCGACGUAGGAGAGUCCUCACCCUCAGUCAUCAGCUGUCCUUUCUGUCGCCACGAGACCCACGUCCCAGAUGAAGAGGUGUGGUUGAUGGAGGACGACAGACACAUCCUGGCUGUUCUGUCAUGUCAGGACCAAGCCCGCCGAGGACGAGGUGGGGGGGAGGUGGUCCUGAAUCCGAACAGUCUGGCCGGAGGAGGCAUGGAGUCGUCUCACCGCUCCUCAGACUGUCUGGUCAUCACCAUCAUGGAGCUCCCUGAGGAGUCUCCAUCCUCGGACUCACUGAGCAUGCUCAAUGUGGUGGGUCUGUACCGCCCCCCCAGUCUGGACUCGCUGCCCUGCAACCUGCCAGCUCAGAAGUGUCGCGCCUGGACGUCCCGCAGCUUCCCUCGCUGCCUGUUGGGGGCGCUCUGUCUGGUGUACUUCAGCUCUCUGCCUCUGGGGAUUUACCUGCUGAUGAUUGGCCAGCUGUGGCUGGGUGUGGUCCUGGUCAGUCUGGUUCCCUCCACGCUGCUGCUACUAGUCCUUUACGGCUUCUGUCAGUGUCUGUGUCACGAGCUGAUGGAGGCGCUCGCCGCACGCACACACGCGCUGCCAUGA